AUGGCAGCCCAAGAGCUGCACAAUGUCUAUCAAGUAGGUGCCAGCGAGAAAGUGAAAGAAAUGGAGGUUGAACUGGCACGUGAAUUAGCAGAACUGAGAGCAGAACUAGAAGAGGUUGACUUGCCAGCCAGAACAACCAGCUCUGUCCCUCUUCCAGAAAACCCGGAACAUUUUAAAUGGGAGAGAAAACUGGUGGUACAGAGAGUACUGGAGGUGAGUGGGGCGGAGCCUAUCUGUGUCCAAGCUGAACAGAUGAAGAGGGAGAUGGACACCACAGAACUCAAUGAGUACACAUCCGGGAGUCUCCCCCUCUUGUUGCUGCAGCACUUCACAGAGAGGAUACAACACUUGCUGCACCUGAGACAUCAGCACAUGCUUCGAUGGAGGCGGUUCUCCAGACACACCAGUGUCAUGGAGGCCCUUUACCCAGUCUACAGCAAGAGGCUGGAACAGAUCCUGUUUGAGUACAAUGACAGUGUUCAGAGAGCUCAAAGACUGUCGCUGGCCAGGGAGACACUGAUGCAGGACAAGCCAGAGUCAGCAGUCACUGCCGUCAGUCUGGAGGACCUGCAGAUCUAUCUCAGGUGGCUGGUCUGUCAUCUACAUUCCCUGAAGAAGUUUCAUCAGUUCUUCAAGGUCCUCCAGUGGCUGCCCACAGUUCACAAGGAUGACCUCGUCCCUCCAGAUGUCAGGCCUGAUGACAAGGAGCGGAACGAAGAAGAAACGGCUGCACACAGAGCAUCUCAUUGCCAUGACUACAGGCCCACACACAAGCUGGCAGACUUAUCCAGACCAGCAUCUGUGAGGUCACACACCAGUGCUGCUGCUUCCUCUGCUGCUGCCCCUGCUCCACCAAGUCCCACCCUGCUGACGUCUGCUGUUGUUCUGCCAUCCUCAACUGCAGCUUCAGGUAGAGGUCUGGCCCCAGAGGAACCUAUGCUGGGUCUGCCCAUGGGUAGAGUGGAUCUGGAGCACUUGCGACCUCAGCUGGCCUUCCUCAUUGAUGUGUACGCUAUAGACUUUGACAUCAGCAGUGUUAACAACAGUGCUGACCAGAUGGAACUGUUUGGUGCUGUCAACCGCAAGUUCAAGCAGAUCUUUACCAAGCAAGAGCUCCUUGGUCAUCUCCGGACCUAUGGCUUGUUUGAGCCUGGACAAGCAAGCACUGAGUCAGGAGGCAUGAACUACAUUUACAAGAAGGAAGCCAACUGGUGUGGAUUUGUGAAACUGUGCCCAGAGAGAGAUCCCCAGCAGCAGAGAGGCUGGGCAGACAUGCAGCAGCUCAAGUUUACUGAUGAGCUUCUCAAAGUCCAGGCUCAUUUUGUCAAGGUCAAAAAUUGCAAGAAAGUCCAGGAGACCCUCAAGAAACAUGCUGCCCAGCUCCAGGAGCCCCAGCCAGUAGCAGCGACCUCAGUAACCCCCCACAGAACCCAUGACAGCACGAGAGCCACCUGGAAGAAGAUCUACUCGGACCCAGACCUCUAUCACGACACUGAGAAAGAUGAGAGUGUGUCGACGCAAGACUUUGACGACAGAGAUCUUGACAGUGCCAGCUUCGAUGUGAGGUCAGACAGAGCUGGCAGUGCUCACGGGAGGAAGGACAGUUAUGAUUACCUGAGCACAGUUCAGAUGUUAGGUUUGGAUGAUGGAGAGAAAGAUAAGGCAGAUCCGGUGAUGACGCAGGGCGCAUUCCUGUCUUACCUACAUCUUCGUCACUUACGAAUCCGUGACAUGAAGAGAACAUGUUUAACAGUGCUGAAUUACUUCCGCUCCGUUGAGAGGACACUGACCAUCAAUGACCAGGGACUCAUCGGGGAUGAAGAGAGUCUGCAGCGGGCCAGUUUCCAGAAUCAUUGCACAGGAACAGGAAUAGAUGGCAGCACUGGAGGAGGUGGUGGACUCAGUUACCAUGGAUACCUACACAAUAAUCCAGCAGAUUUUAAGAUAAGCGAGUCAGAUUUCAUCCAGUUCUCCGAGAUCAACAAUCAUGAUGAUUUCUAUGUGAUUGAAGACAAUCAUGUCCAUGUCAUCGACCAGAAGGGCUACCAGAUCAUCUACGACAAGGCUUUGGAGGAUCUUGGGUCACUAGAAGCUGACCUGCUUCUUGUUUGCAGUCAUUACAUUCAGAAUUACCACGAUGGUACAUCUGGAGCAUCAGGUGAUCCUGCUGGAUCUCGAAGACAUCCAUUGAACCAAGCUGGAGAUCUCAACAUGGCCACCUAUGCCCAUGAGGAAGUGGAUCGGUUUGAUGUGCUACUGGAUGUGUGGACUCAUGAGGCAGCCUUCCUGGAGUCUAAGAGAGAGCUGCUUGACUGUUACUUUGAAGCCUACCAGCAUGUGGUCGACCGAGACGAACGGCGCCGACUUGCCCAGGUCAUCACCAACAUCAUGCACCAGCGACCACGUUUGGACCCGCACUCUGACUACUUUGUCCAGCUGUACCGAGCAGAGUGCGCAGUCCUUCACAAGCACGUGGCCCUUGUUAAGUCACUGCUGGACAGGCACAUGGACAGCCAGCGGGAGUACAUCCAUCGAGUCACUCGGGAUCCAGACACGGAGCUGGGACUGCCUCACAGAAUCAUCCCCAAACAACCAAUCGCUGUCAACCUCAGCAGGCCUGUCCUGAAGAAUGUCUACAUGCUGGAGUUCCACCCAACGCUGGCCACCGCCAGCAGGAUCCCUGCAGCUCUCAGACACUCUUACUGGGAACUGUAUGAGAUCCAUCAGCCGAGGACACUGUGGGCGGCUGUCAUGAUGGAGAAGAAACUGCUGGAGGUGGCGCUGACAGAGUGGGAAACUCUGCCGGUGAUUGGUUCCAGUUUUUCAGUUCAAGUACAGAGAGAUUUGUUUUCUGACACAUUUGCCGAAGACCCUGUGCUUCUGUGCCAGCUGGCAACAUCAUCACUCAAACAACAGGAGGAAGCUGCCGGCAGACGAUCGCACAAAGAGAAGCAGAUAAACAUGGUGCAGACAUUCGGCAGGCUAAUGAAUAUUAUCACACUGCGACACCGGUUGAUUGAGGCAUGCUGGGAAACUGAGAUUCUCUCUAAGGUCUACAAGCAGCAGGCACUAGAGUUGGGUUUCCCAGAAUUCCACCUCCAUCUGAGGUUUGUCCAGUUUGAGUUUGCCAGCUUGAAGUCUGAGGCGGGAAAACCUGGUCCUAUAUUCAUGACCUCUGUACAGGAAGAUGAUUCUGCAGUUGAUAAGUAUGCCCCAUCCUGCCUGUAUCUGGCCAUCCAUGAGUUGGAUGAGGGACAUCUGGGUAGAUUUUCCUUUCGCACCAGGGACAGCAUUUUACAGGUGAUGCGCCCUGGUGGUAUGGAGAGCUUCCAGGUGGUUCUGAAGGCUCAGGUCACUCACAAGAACGCUCUCAUGGCUGCGGUUCAGCAGGUCAACAUGUGCCAACCAAUCAAGGUCACUGAGAGGGAUGGACGAGUUAGCCCAACUGACACCAGAAGUGAGAAGAGCUCCAUGACACAGAUGACCAGCCUGUCCAGCACAGCUACAGGCACAGCUGCAGCUGGGAAGCUAGUUCCUGCAGACAACAACAAGCUCAGAAAGACAGCAGAAGCUUUCUUCUCUCUACAGCUGGAGAAGAGUCCCAGUCGAGACUUAAUGUUGAACGACUUUGUUGCCAAGAAGCAGCAGAUGACCACAGCCCUCAAGAACUCAGAGGAGAUGGAGAAAGUGAAGAGAAGGCUCAUCUCCGAGUUCUGUGAGAAGUUCCAUGGCCGGCUGUCGCAGGUAUCACUCAGAGGUCAACUGCUGGGCUACUACAGCAGCCUGGUCAACCUUCUGUCCAGGUUCCCCAAUGUCAGGGAUGCCUACUUUGUCCUGGGAGAACCAAAUGAGAAGAAGUCAGAUGAAGAUGACAUGGAUGCCCUGACCACAGACCCCAGAUUGGUGAAGAAACGUCCGCGACGACUCCUAUCACGUGACGGCCAACAUGUGUUGAACUUGUGGUUCAUACCUCACCACACAGAAGUGCUGGUGCUCUACAAGACUCUAGAUGAUAGUGUGUGUAGCCAAGCACUGGCCGACUCCCUGCGCAUCGUGGCAGCACUCCACGACAUCCUCCACUACCUCAGUGUCUACGCCGGUCUGGAGAACUCACAGAUCAACAGGGGUUCGCACCCCAGGGAGACUGUGUUCACAAGCUGGGGAGUCACAGAAAGGAUAGGUUCGGAGCUGCGGGAGAUACAGAAAGAGAUCCAACACUUGCCGGACCCCUCCGACCCCCACAGUGUGCUGGAGUUGCUGACCCUGCGACGUGAGGUCAUGUUUCUGCAGUUUGACCUGGUCAUCAGAUACUGUAUGAGGGAUACAUGUCUCUCCACCGGCAAUCUGGCAGCCUACAAGAGCAUCAUCAGCAAUGCCCGAUAUGCCCUGACCUACAUCAGCAGUGCCCAGAAACCAGGACUCUUGUCCACUCACUUAACUGUACCACAGCCACUGGAAAGUCGAGACUUGACUGCCACAGUUCUCUUUCCUUGGAGAGCUUUUAUCAAUAGCUGUGGCCCAUAUCCGGUGGGUUUCCAUCAGUGGUUUCUCAUUGAAAAAUUUAUGAACAUGUGUGUGGAUGGACUACAGGACACAGACAGGCAUGUUGCUGGAGGUGAGGUCCUGGGAGUGAGUCUGUUAAUGGAGGAUGUUCUCCAGACGGGAUCUCAUGCUACAUUCUCUCUGCCUGACCUUAAGUCUCACGUGCAGUCCCCGUCUGGAGGAGACACCACGGAACAGUCUCACAGUGGCAAGAAUCUCAGUACGCCCACUGAGCUGAAACAAGCCAGAAGUGCUUUAG